UUUACCAUUGAUUUAUAUUAUUCUUUAUUAUAAUAUGGCUUUUUUAAAACAUUUGUUAGUGUCUACUUCAAACGCUAACAUACAUGUUUUACGAAAGUCUCUGUGUUCACUUGCAUUUGUACCGAAACACAACCCUUCUCAGGACGUGGAUGUGGAAACAUUGACGGGUUUUUUGCGAUCUCAUAGCAGAAUACUUGUGUUGACGGGAGCUGGCGUGUCAACGGAGAGCGGUAUUCCCGAUUAUCGGUCUGAGGAAGUGGGUCUGUAUGCUCGGAGUUCGACACGGCCGGUCAAAUUUCAAGAUUUUAUGAAAAGUCCUUCGUUGCGCAAACGUUAUUGGGCUCGUAAUUAUUUUGGCUGGCCACGGUUCUCUUCUUUUUCUCCCAACGAAACACACUAUUCAUUAUCAAAGCUAGAAGAACUUAAUAAACUACAGUGUAUUGUUACUCAAAAUGUUGAUAGGUUACACCAUAAAGCUGGUAGUAAGAACGUGAUUGAGCUACAUGGUUCAACAUUCAAGGUCAUGUGUAUGGGUUGCGAUACUAGAAUUGACAGACAUGUAUUUCAAGAAAAACUUGCAGAGCUAAAUUCUAACAUGGUACUGUCAGCAACUGCCAUUAGACCUGAUGGAGAUGUUGAUUUGCCACAGAAUCAGGUGGAUACGUUUUGCGUUCCAAGCUGUGACACAUGCGGAGGUGUCCUGAAACCGGACAUAGUUUUCUUUGGUGAAAGUGUGCCGAUGGCUCGUGUACAGUUGGUUAAGAAGAAUGUAGAAAUGUGCGACUCUGUGCUUGUUCUUGGUUCAUCGCUGUCGGUUUUCUCUGGCUACAGGAUAGUGUUGCAAGCUAAACAAUUGAACAAAGCAGUUGUGAUUGUGAACAUCGGAGACACCAGAGGAGACCAGCAUUGCAAGUUCAAGCUGAAUGUGAGGUGUGGAGAUGUGUUUCCCAAGUGUGUGGAAUGAACAGUCAGAUUUAUGAUACUGCUGAUGAAAUGAGAAACAAAAUAAGUUUCAUUCUGUGAUUCAUUUUCAGCAACCUGUGAAUAUGCAACAUACAGUACAUAAUGCAUGAAAGUACAAGUACAUGAGACUACAUAGUACCUAUAGCUACUUUAUAAAUUUUAUUUUUUAACUUAAAAAAAUAAUAAAAUACAUAUUUUUCAGUUAAUUUUUAAAGAACAAGUAUACAUAAAUUAAAUUACCACAGUAGCGGGAAUAAAAGAGAAAUACUUUCAAAUCGUUUUUGGCAAUCAUAAUGAAACAAGAAUUCCUGUAAAUAAAUGAAUAUUUUAGUGCCUAAUAAACAUUUAUGCAAGUACCUUUAUAAAUGUGAGUUACUAUUAUUUAGGAUUAGGAAGUGGAAGUGGGGGAGGGGGAGAGAUAGAUGACCUUGAAAGUUCGGCUACCUCAGUCUAAUAUAAAACAUCAUUCGUUAUAAGACAAUAUCAAUUUAAGACAUUACAAUAUACUGUAACUUUGCUUGUAACAUAUUAAAUAUAAGCAACUCACAUUAACUACAAAUAAGUAAAAAUUUCACUAUGGCCAUGCUCCUGCAUAAAAUAUUUUAUUUGUUCGUUUCAAAUAAUAGAAAAUUUUAUUUUAAAAUUAUUUUACUGAAUACUGAGUAGAAAUUAUUGCGAAUAAAAUAAAUUACAGUACAUACUAAUUUCUUCAUAUCCUAAAGAACAAGGUUUUUUUUUUAAAUUGUGAACAAUUUUCACUAAAGAGGCACAACUUCAUAAAGAAUUUAAUUUUAAUUUCUGUUAAAUCUUGAUGAAAUUUCUCUAUAAUUUUAUUUUCUUCAGUAACAGCAGUAUUGGCAAAACCUUAAUAGGUUGUGAAUUUUUCACAAAACACUAAACAUACUUGCCGUAUUAGCUGCUUUCCUGUUACAGUAUUUUUUCCACGCACUUAUCAUUAGGGACCCCAGAAAAUGGUAAAUAAAACUGGCUCAUUUCGGUGUUAAAAAAUGACAAAAGCGGUGCAAAAAAUCUGUGUCAAAAUAAGCAAGCGGUGCAAAAAAUCAGUGUAAAAAUAAGCAAGCUGUGCUAAAAAUCGGUGUAAAAAUUUGGUGAGAUACAUUAAAUUAAAAUUGAAAUUGGCAAACUAGGAUUGUUUUGCUUCAAAUUUUUUUAAAUUUUAAUAUUAAACAUAAAAUGCACUCAGUUGGCAAACACUAAAAAGUUUUUAGUGUUUCUAGUUUUCUUCUUGGUCUUGUCUCCUUUACAGCAACCCUGUGUUCCCCUAGCCUGUUCUAUUCCAUCUGUUUCUAACCAAAUGUUGGUUUUUUUUAAAAAUUGUGUUGUAAUAUUACUAUGUUUGGAAAUUAAAAUAAUGUAUGGUCUGUUGGCCAUCUGCUUUUUCCAAAGGUAUGUUUGCCCCCACCAUCAUUUCAACAAAGUUUUUAAUAAAUUGUUUGUUUACAACUAUGUUUUUAGAAGUUUGCAAAGCAGCUCCUAUAGACGUCUGUUUUGCAGUACCGAUAGUCGACGUUGAUUCCGCACAUAAUUUUUUUUUAUGAGUUGUGUUAGAAACGUGUUUUAGGCAUGUGUCUCGACGCAUCCAGUCCACACACACGUUGCAAAACUUACACAUUAUUAUCUUAUCCUUAACAUCAAAUAUAUAAAAUCCUUCCUGCUUCAUCUCUCGUUCUCGAUCGAAAACCGUAACUAUUUUCGGCAUCUUAACACAAAAAUAAGCACUACUAACUAGAUGCUUGGAAAUUAAUACCGAGUAACCGAGACGUCAUAAAAAAAAAACCACUAUUGCAAGCUGCACCGUAAAAACAUUUAUGCCGUAGUGGCACGCACACGAAAAAAUAUUGUGUUCGGCCAGAAUGAAACUACAGUAGAACCCGGAUUAUCCGCGACUCGAUCAUCCGAUUCGCGGAUUAACUGUGAUUUAUGUCCAUCAAGUCCAAUUUUUUAGUUACAUAUAACCAAUGAUUCAAUAUGUAUGUAAAUGUUAAAAUACUUUGCAAAAUGUAUGUUGGGCAAAGUACUUUGACUCAGUCAUGUUUAUUUACACAGAAAGUUUAAAAAAUACUAGUACAUACAUAUGUAUGUACAUACUAUUUUUGUGUUGCAUGUUACGUGAAUACAGUGAAACCUCGUUUAUUCGUUCCCGCAUUGUAGAAUUUCCCGGUUUUAUUGUUCAUUGUCCGUGGUCCCGAAAAAAUCCCGCAAGAACAAUGUUAAAAAAAUCCAGUUUCCAUCGUUUACGAAUAUUUUUUAACCCGGUUUAACAGGUUGAACUUUACAGGCUUUUUACCGAUUUCUCAUUCAAAUUCCCGAGAAAUAUUCCAGUUUACGCGUGUCUACACGACAUGCAAUACCAAUAUUUACAUAUGGCGACCAUUACUAAAAGAAAACGAAUAAAGUGAGCAUGACGCUGUUGCUAACAAGUUCACCAACUUCGAUAAAACAACAGACGAAAGCUAACGCUCGCACGAUAGUUCUUGCUUUGUGCGAUAAUCGACAUAACAAUACAACCGUGGUCGAUAUACUGUACAUACCAGCCCAACGUAAACACGUUUCUAUUUAGCGACAGUGAAAUCCUGCCAGAAACAUAGACGAAAUUAAAUUGUUCAUCCUAGCGUUUCCGUGGCCGGCCGUAUAUGCGCGAGAUUUUCUUUGUUUACGGUAAAUUAGCUUUACGCAUUUAACUCUAAUGCACGUGUGAAAUUUGUAAAGGUUCAUUGAUAUGUAUCGGCCUACAAAAGAGGUUAAAACCAUUAAAGAGCGUUUAGAAAUUAUAAAUGCUGUUGAAAACUCAUCUUAUAAUUUCUCUUGAUACUACGACGCUGUUCCAACUAUAUGCCAGCGCCCCCGGCUGACGUGAUAUGGCCACUCACGUAAGGCUGUUCCAAACACAGUUCGCCCAAUCAUCUGCUUGCUUUUGUAUUUAUCCGGGGUCGCUGUUCCAAGCUGACGUCAGUGCCCCGAGCGGUGUGCGUACGCUUUAAAACUUCGCCUGUUUGUCUUAUAUAUCCAAACAUUAUGCCAGAAAGGAAAAUAAACGCCGUAGUUUUGCGUAUUUUUACAGUAUAUUUUUGGGUUUAACAUUAUAACGUGAGCGUGUGUAAGCUUUUGUUUGCUUUAGUGCAUUUAUGAUUAAUGUUUGGCGGCAAUGUUGCGGUGUUUGUUUACCAUUGACGAGACAAGUCUUUUAACCAGUAUUUAAAUUUCGCGUAAAAACACUGCGAUUUCGCGUUUUAAUACAAAAUUUCGUGUAAAAACGCUGUGUUAUGGCGAUUUCGCGUAAAAACUGUAUUUAACGGUGAUUUCACAUUUAUCGUCGUUUAAUCGCGAUCGCGAAAAGAACAGGCUCCUAUUGAUAGUGUAUAUAGUGUGC